UUCACAACAACAUCUGGAAUCAGCUACUUUGUUAGCUGCUAGCUCCGUCACACGGACUGCUACUGCUAUUACUAUUAUUAUUGUAAUUGUGAUUAUUGUUGUUUUAUUAUUAAUAUUAUUAUCCCGCGGUUCUCGUGGUUUAUUUUAGCCGCGACACGGUUCACGUGAAGGCUGCUGUCAGCAUUAGCCGCCGUUAGCAGCAGAGUCAGUGAAGGGACGACGAUCACUCAACAACAACAGUCCAGGGAGCCGCGGCUGAAGCAGCUACUUCAGCGGAAGUGAGAUGGGGAACCAGCUGGCUGGCAUCGCCCCGUCUCAAAUCUUGUCUGUGGACAGUUACUUCUCCGACAUCCACGACCAUGAGUACGACAAGAGCCUGGGCAGCACGCGCUUCUUCAAGGUGGCCCGCGCCAAACACCGGGAAGGCCUAGUGGUGGUCAAAGUCUUUGCCAUCCAGGACCCGUCACUGCCUCUCACCAGUUACAAACAGGAGCUGGAGGAGCUGAAGAUCCGCCUCCACUCCUGCCAGAACUGCCUGCCCUUCCAGAAAACCUCCCUCACAGAAAAGGCCGCCAUCCUCUUCCGCCAGUAUGUCCGUGAUAACCUGUACGACCGCAUCAGCACCCGCCCGUUCCUCAAUAACGUGGAGAAGCGCUGGCUGGCCUUCCAGAUUCUCAACGCUGUCGACCAGGCACACAAAUCCGGUGUCCGCCACGGGGACAUCAAGACAGAGAACGUGAUGGUGACCAGCUGGAACUGGGUGCUGCUCACAGACUUCGCCAGCUUCAAGCCCACGUAUCUGCCCGAGGACAACCCCGCUGACUUCAACUACUUCUUCGACACGUCCAGACGGAGGACGUGCUACAUCGCGCCGGAGCGCUUUGUGGACGGGAGUAUGUUCACGACAGAGAGCGACCAGAACACGCCACUGGUGGACCUGACCAACAACAACCAGAGGAGCAGAGGGGAGCUCAAACAGGCCAUGGACAUCUUCUCUGCAGGUUGCGUGAUCGCAGAGCUCUUCACCGAGGGCGUGCCGCUCUUCGACCUGUCGCAGCUGCUCGCGUAUCGCAAAGGCCACUUCCAGACGGAGCAUGUCCUCAUGAAGAUCGAAGACCACAGCAUCUUAGAGCUGGUGACUCACAUGGUGCAACGGGAGCCGGAGAAGCGUCUGACGGCAGAGGAGUACCUGAAGCAGCAGAGAGGGAAAGCCUUCCCCGACAUCUUCUACACCUUCCUACAGCCGUACAUCGCUCAGUUCGCCAAGGAGACCUUCCAGUCCGCCGACGAGCGAGUCCUCGUCAUCCGCAAAGACCUCGACAACAUCCUGCACAACCUGCGAGGAGGCUCCUCCUCGUCUUUGUCGCAGGAAGGUGUCGAGGCUGUGCUGAGCUCCAGGGAGGAGCAGGGCCUCAUCGUCCUGGUGUCCGUCAUCACUUCCUGUCUGCAGACGCUUCACUCCUGUGACUCCAAACUCGCAGCCCUGGAGCUCAUCCUCCACCUGGCUCCGCGGCUCAGUGUCGACAUUCUGCUGGACCGCAUCACGCCGUACCUGCUGCACUUCAGCAACGACACCGUGCCACGCGUGCGCGCUCAGGCCGUGCGAACUCUGGCCAAAGUGCUGGCUCUGGUGAAGGAGGUGCCGAGGAACGAUGUCAACAUCUACCCAGAGUACAUCCUGCCGGGCAUCGCGCACCUCGCACAGGACGACGCCACCAUCGUCAGGCUGGCGUACGCAGAGAACAUCGCUCAUCUGGCAGAGAGCGCGCUGCGUUUCCUGGAGCUGGUUCAGGAGAAUAACGUCAACAAUGAGCAGGACCUGAACGGCGAGGACGCAGAGGAAACACUUCACCCGAACGAGAACUACGACUCAGAGUUGCAGGCUCUUCAUGAGAUGGUGCAGCAGAAGGUGGUGACGCUGCUGAGUGACUCCGAGAACAUCGUCAAGCAGUCGCUGAUGGAGAACGGCAUCACGCGCCUCUGCGUCUUCUUCGGCCGACAGAAGGCCAACGAUGUCCUGCUGUCCCACAUGAUCACCUUCCUCAACGACAAGAACGACUGGCACCUGCGGGGGGCGUUCUUUGACAGCAUCGUUGGCGUGGCGGCGUACGUGGGCUGGCAGAGCUCGUCCAUCUUGAAGCCACUGCUGCAGCAGGGUCUGAGCGACACUGAGGAGUUUGUCAUCUACAAAGCUCUGAACGCGCUCACCUGCAUGUGUCAGCUGGGUCUGCUGCAGAAGCCGCACAUCUACGAGUUUGUCGGCGACAUCGCUCCGUUCCUGUGUCAUCCCAACCUGUGGAUCCGUUACGGCGCUGUGGGCUUCAUCACCGUGGUCGCUCAGCACCUGAACGUGGCCGACGUCUACUGCAAACUGAUGCCACACCUCAGCCCCUUCAUCACCCAGCCCAUCAUCCAGAUUGAUAAGGAGUUGGUUCUGCUCAGUGUCCUGAAGGAGCCCGUGAGUCGCUCCAUCUUUGACUACGCACUGCGCUCCAAAGACAUCGCCAGCCUCUUUCGCCACCUGCUGCUGCGGCAGAAGAAGCGCGUCGGCUCCAUCCCAGAAUGCCCCACUCCUGACGACCCAGCCAUCGCUCAGCUGCUGAAGAAGCUGCUGUCACAGGGGAUGACGGAGGCGGAGGAGGACAAACUGCUGGCGCUCAAAGACUUCAUGCUCAAGUCAAAUAAAGCCAAAGCCAACAUGGGCGAGCAGAGUCACAUGGGAGAGGCGGGGCUUACCGGCGUCAUCGACCUCGCCACGCUGGGCAUCACCGGGCGACAAGUCGACCUGGUCAAACCUAAGGCUGAAGCCGAGGACAAGAGAGCGAGAAAACACACAAAACAAGACUCCACCAUGAACGAGGAGUGGAAGAGUAUGUUUGGAUCCCAGGAGCCACCGUCCACUCAGCCCACCACGGCGGGUGACGGAGCAGGCGGUCAGAUCAGGAAGAGCGCGGUGACGCAGUCGGUGCCCGUGCUACAGUCGGUGGGAAGUGGCCCCGCCUACCAGCGCCGCAUCAACACGUGUAAGGCGGAGCUACAGCAGCUGGUGCAGCAGAAGAGGGAGCAGUGCAGCGCCGAGCGCAUGGCCAAGCAGAUGAUGGAGAGCGCCGAGUGGGAGAGUCGACCUCCUCCGCCCGGUUGGCAUCCUAAAGGUCUGCUGGUCGCUCACCUGCACGAACACAAAGCUGCCGUCAACAGAAUCCGAGUCUCGGACGAACAUUCCAUCUUUGCCACGGCGUCCAAUGACGGCACGGUCAAAGUGUGGGACAGUCAGAAGAUGGAGGGAAAGACCACCACCACCAGGUCGGUGUUGACGUACUCUCGUAUCGGCGGCCACGUGAAGACGCUGACCUUCUGUCAGGGGUCACAUUACUUAGCUGUGGCGUCGGACAACGGCGCCAUCCAGCUGUUAGCAGUGGAAGCUAACAAACCUCCAAAGUCUCCUAAAGUUCAGCCGUUUCAGACGAGCCUCACUGUGUCCUCCCGUCUCACUCCCAGGUCUCUGGACCUGCAGGAGGACGGCUGUGCUGUGGACAUCCAUCACUUUAACUCUGGCGCUCAGUCGGUGUUGGCGUACGCGACGGUCAACGGUUCCCUGGUCGGCUGGGACCUUCGCUCCAACUCUAACGCGUGGACACUUCGCCACGACCUGCGUCUCGGUCUCAUCACCUCGUUCAGCGUGGACAUGCACCAGUGCUGGCUCUGUCUGGGGACGAGCAGCGGCACCAUGGCAUGCUGGGAUAUGAGGUUCCAGCUCCCCAUCUCAAACCACACCCACCCUGCUCGAGCACGAAUCAGACGACUGCUCAUGCAUCCGCUCUACCAGUCGUCUGUGAUCGCAGCUGUCCAAGGAAACAAUGAAGUGUCUAUGUGGGACAUGGAGACAGGAGAUCGUAAAUUCACACUGUGGGCGAGUUCUGCUCCUCCACUCUCUGAGAUGCAGCCGUCUCCUCACAGUGUUCAUGGGAUCUACUGCAGUCCAGCUGAUGGGAAUCCUCUGCUGCUGACGGCCGGGUCAGACAUGAGGAUCAGGUUCUGGGACCUGGCGUACCCAGAGAGGUCCUACAUCGUGGCGGGAGGAGCCAACGACUCGCUGCACUGUCCGUCUGUCCUGUAUAGCAGGAAGAUUAUAGAGGGGACGGAGGUCGUCCAGGAGAUCCACAGUAAACAGAAGAGCGGUGUGGUGGAGGACUCGCCUCGCCGCGGCCCAGAAUCCCUCCCUGUGGGACACCACGACAUCAUCACCGACAUCGCCACCUUCCAGACCACGCAGGGUUUCAUCGUCACCUCGUCCAGAGACGGAAUCGUCAAAGUCUGGAAGUGAAGACGGACGGAC